GGCCAGUUCUGCUGUCUGUCAGGGGCGGGGUGGGUAUAAAGAGCGCAGACGUAAGGGAUGGACUCUGUGGUCGUAAAGCUGAUGCUGACGGCGAAGUUGUGCGUGUGGGGGGAGCUUUACAUGUGUGUCGAGAUGCUUCUCCAGACGCCCUGAGUACCCAAGCCCAGUGCCGCCCCCGGAGUGUACGCGUUCACCGCCCCUGUGCCGCACCUUGCUCCGCUGUGUCCCCCCCCAGAGGCAGCAUGGUGGACGUGUUCAGCGGGCGGCUGCUGGUCAGCAAGGACGGCCGCAGCGUGGACCCUGAGGAGGCACUGCAGAACAAGGUGGUAGGACUCUACUUCUCGGCCGGCUGGUGCUCGCCAUGUCGCGACUUCACCCCCGUGCUCUGCGACUUCUAUACGGAGCUGCUGGAGGAAAGCCAGUCGCCCGCGCCAUUCGAGGUCGUCUUCAUCUCCUCUGACCACAGCGCCGAGGAAAUGGUGGGCUACAUGCACUCCAUGCACGGCGAUUGGCUGGCUCUGCCCUUCCACGACCCCUACAAGCACGAUCUGAAGAAGAAAUACAACAUAACAGCAAUUCCUAAACUGGUGAUUGUGAAACAAAGUGGAGAAGUCAUUACUGACAAAGGAAGAAAACAGAUCAGAGACAAAGGGCUGUCCUGUUUUCGGAACUGGCUUGAGGGCGCGGAUAUAUUUCAGAAUUUUUCUAGCUAAAUAGAAGUUGACAAGCAAGACAGGCCAUCAUGGAGAUUUUGUAGAACUUUUGAACAAUUUUUGUGAUCUUCAGAACAAGAAGAGUAAGGCUGCAUUAUUUAAUUUUGUCUGAAAAAAGAAUUUUUUUUUGACUUGAAGAUUAUUUAUUCCAUUAAGUCAUAAAAUACGAUGUCUAUUUUAUUUGUAUUGUUUUAUCUACUGUAGUUGGUACAAACCUAAGCGUUCCUAAUAACACUGAAGUACUUCAGGAAGUUAAGCUAUUUUAGACAGUAAAGAAGCACUGUGAAAUCUAUGCAAUUAUCUUAUUCUGCAAAAUCUGUAAAAAAAUAUAUCCACAAAGCUAUUUUUGUUGUCAAUCUUUUCUAAUGAUAAACACGUUUUAUCAACAAAGUUGUUUGCUUUAAUAAAUAUUUGAAGUAUACAAAUCUGGUGUCUUAACCUGUUUUAAUCAGUCUAAUCUAUAAAUGACAUGAUUAAAAUACACCUGUUCAGUGUUCAAGCACUGAUAACAUACUUUUUGUGGGGGGUGGUUAUGUAAGUUGUUGGGUUUUCUUUAUCUCUGGAAUUUUAAAUUUGGCAGUUCUUGGUAACAUAAUCUGUAGCAGUACACACUACAAAGCCACUUAUGUUAGUCUGCCUGCUAUUUGGGUUUGUAGUCUCUUGACCUGUUCCUGAA